CAGCAAUUGCGGUACCAGCACCGGACGACGACGGCACUAUGAAAGGCGCCCAUUUCUCCCCAAGAUGGCUCAAGCGGAGACUGGCCAUCAUCAUGAUUUUCUCAGGCACCACCGUGCUGCUCUUCUGGUACUUUGGCGCUUUCACCUAUGCCCGGCCGUACAACCCGCCAAACCAGCCACAGCCUGGGACGCCACAACAACCAAACCCUCCCACUCAUGAGACUCCAGAUGACUCGCUUCGUGUUACGCUGCCCGGAUAUGGCAGCUUCCAAGGAACCAAGAUGAUGAUGGAUUUGCUCAAAACCGAGACCUUUACUCAGCCAGUCGAUGCAUGGCUGAACGUCGAGUACUCUACUCAGCCCGUUGGAAAGGGGCGAUUUAAACCCGUCACCUGGCCAGAGCCUUUUGACGGCACCAAGGACGCUACGUCCAAUGGCCCUGCUUGCUUCCAAAACGUGUACGGUUCACUCCAGCAGUCGGAAGCUUGCCUCACCAUCAAUAUAUACCGGACGUCUGGCGUCCCCAUGGACAAGAAACUACCAUCUCUGGUGUUCUUGCACGGCGGAUCGUUUGUUUCUGGCUCUCACCGCAGCUUCGACGGUGCGUUGUUCGUUGAGAAGAGCACGGAGCCCCUGAUGGCAAUCACAGUGCAGUAUCGCCUUGGCGCACUAGGCACUCUGCCCGGAAAGUUCAUGGAGGAAGAAGGCCUCUUGAACUUGGGGAUCCGGGAUCAAAGGAUGGCAUUGGAGUUCCUGCAAAAGUACAUUGGUGAAUUUGGAGGCGACAAAGACCAGAUCACGCUCAGUGGCCAGAGUGCUGGUGGGCACUCUGUCGGCAUUCACCUCUUCCACAAUUAUGGCGAAGAUGCUGGCAAACCAUUGUUCAGCAAGGUAGCCAUUUCAUCCGGCUCCCCGACCGCCCGCGCGUUUCCUGGCGUCGACUACCCACUCUAUCAACGCCAAGUUGCAGACCUCAUGGACUACCUGAACUGCCCUGAGUCGCCCAACUCAGCAGCCCUCGAGUGUCUGCAGUCAUCAGAAGUGACUGACAUCCAGUUCAUUUCCUCGUCAAUCUACAACGCGCACAAUGCCAACAUCACGUGGCCCUGGCAGCCAGUCUCUCCGGGUCCGCUCUUUGAGAAGCGCGGAUCGACGUCUGGCGAAGAAGGCACAUUCUUCAAGAUUCCCCUCCUCAUCUCCUCCACCACUGACGAGGGCAAAGCUUUUGUGCCACAAGAACUGCGCAAAGAUUCAGAGUAUCUGACAUUCUGGAAAACACUUUCCCCCGGCCUAAACGCCGCGGACCUCGCGGACCUGGAGACGCUCUACCCCAACCAAACCCCUGAGCCCGGUACGUUGGGCUAUGUGUCCGACCAGUUUGAACGCCUAGCUGCCGCAUAUGGCGACUACUCUUACAUCUGCCCGGUCCAGGACACUGCCGUUCUUCUCUCCGCCGCCUCGGCACCUGUAUACAAGGCACGCUGGAACACACCCAACUGGGCGCCAACGUACAGGGGCGUCCCUCAUGCCAGCGAUGCGCCCUACUUCAAUGGCCAGGCAAACACGCAAUACCCAGCAAUCGCAGAUGUCUACAGCGCCUACUGGGCGAGUUUCGUCGUCAGCGGAAACCCCAACACGCAUCGCCUUGGUGGUACAGUGGAAUGGGAAAAGUACGAGGGCACGGGAACUCGACAGUUGGUAGUUAGUCCCCCGGAGAAAGGUGGUGCUAUGAUGGAAGACGAAGAUGUAGCAAUCAGGAUGAAGCAGUGUGCUUGGUGGAGGGAUCCCGAGCGGGCCAAGCGACUCAAUAAGUGA